UAGCUCCUCUCUCCUCUGUCCAUCAUCCUCACCAUGGCGGCAUCCACCAAGAAGACUCGUGUUCUCCUCCUCCUCCUCCUCCUCCUCCUCCUCCAUCUCGUCGUUCUCGUGGUGGACGCGCAGCUACCUCCAGGCCAUGAUGAUGCUAAGCAGGUACCCAUGCAGGUGGAUCAUGAGAUUGCUGCUUUUCCUCUGCCGGCAUCAUGCUACUCGAACUAUUUUCCACACUGCACCAAAGGCCGGUGCAAGCAGUUCUGCGCCGGCCAUGGCAAGCCACCGGUCCCUAGAGCCUUCUGCAACGACAAUUCUAACUGUUGUUGCCCCGUCAGUUAAAUGCCCUCAAAGAAGCAAGGAGUCCGGUUUAAUUAGAGAUGUCAAUAAAAGAAACAUGUAUUAUAAACGUGGUGAAUUGUAAGAGGUGGUUUCGUUCGUGCUAUCAUUAAUAUAGUCACUAGAGGAUACUUGUAUUAGGAAACAUGAGGUAGUUUGAAUCCCGAUAUUAGGUGUACGGAUCUGCCAUUUUUUGUACAUUAUAAACGAAUAGGCCAACAUAAGCUCCGUGUAGGUACAAUAUUGAAAAUGAA